CAGUAACACAGUAGUAGUCACAUUAAUAAACAAAAAUGUCAACAAGUCUUGAUCUUCCUUGUGGAUACCAUGAGACCUGUGUAUUGGAAGAUUUAGAAAUGGAUCUUAAUACUAUGGAUAAAGUUUGCUCUAAGAAUCCAGGACAUAAAGACUUUAAAUCCUUAGAAGCGUUCAGCAUAGAUAAUUUGCCCGAAAGCCAUCGUGACGAGGAUGUCUUGAAGCUGAUCAAGGCAGUCGGAGAUCUAACAGUGAGAUUAGCUGUAGAUGAAGUCGAUCCACUUAGACCAGAACUCAGGCCUGGCCCCGAUAUCAAAUAUCCUUCAUAUAGUGACGGCGUUAGGAAAAAGAGAAGGGCUGGAACUGGUGAGAUGUUCAUCUAUAAACAUGAAAACGGACAGGAAAUCGAUGCAAGCGGCCGAGGCUACAAAAGUCUUCUUGGGCGCACCGCUGACACCACGGACGUUCUUUGUCCUUGUAAGAAAUGUGAAAAUUCUGAAGCUGCGAGUAACGAGUGGUGGGAAAUCUUUAUUGACACUGCAUCUCAUCUGGUUCGAGACGACCAUGAGGCUAGUGCAACUUCGUGUCGAUUAUUUUACGACAACAAAGAUAGCGAGGUGGUCACUCUAAGUAACUUUAGUUUAGAUUUUGUGAAUGUUGAAAGAGAUGUUUGCGUUCUGAGAUGCGUGACGUGUGAUGAUCUCGGAAAACGUCUGUACAAGGCUCAACUUGAGUGGAGAAAAGUCUGGAAUAGCGUGAAGGAUAAAUUUCAGAGCAAAGUGGGAGACAGAAUAGCGUUCAUUGUGUCCCAUCCACAUGGAUGCCCUAAACAGGUCAGCGUGGGUCAGUGGCUAGAAAACACCAAAUUUUGUGAGGUGGAUAGAGAGUAUGAUUUCACAAGGCUGAGCUAUGACACCUGCACGUGCCCAGGAAGUAGCGGCGCCUCUGUGUAUUGUGUAGGGUUUGGUGGGGGCCACGUUCACUCAGGCACUAAGGGCACUGGAAGUAACGUUAACUUCAGCAAUGUUAGUUAUUACAGGAAACAAUAACUAAUUACAAAGCUUUUAUCAUUUCGCUUUUAUCUGUCUGACUAGUAAAAUUUUGUACACGUUAUUUCUUAAAAAACCCAUUCUUGGAUCAAGUUGAAACUUUACAAAAUUAUUCAUUAGCAAAGAGAAGACGUUUGAUACCAACAAGGACAAGACACAAAAUAGAGCAGUGAGAUUCAUAGCAAACGAAUAUUCACAUUUGACCAGAGUAAAAUCACUAAAUUUAGAAAGCCUUCAGGACAGAAGACUCAAAAGUAAAGUAGCAAUUAUACAUAAAACAUUAAACCAUAAUCUUCAAAUACAAAAUUUAAUAAAAUACUCAGAAAGACAAAAAGAUAAAGGCACAUUCCUCAUCCCAAAAGCUAGGACAAAUUUGUACAAAUACUCCUUCUUCCCUAGUGCUAUUAUUGAACCAUAAUCUUCAAAUACAAAAUUUAAUAAAAUACUCAGAAAGACAAAAAGAUAAAGGCACAUUCCUCAUCCCAAAUGCUAGGACAAAUUUGUACAAAUACUCCUUCUUCCCUAGUGCUAUUAGAGCAUGGAAUGGGUUGCCUGACCUAGCCAGGAAAACCAGUGACUUGGUAGAAUUUAAGUCAUUGGUUAAUAUGCAUGACUGAAUGCAUGACGCGUAGGACGUAAUCAUCUUCUUUUUUUAAGUAACGUCUAUAUUACAUAAGAUAGGAAAAUUAAUCCUUCAGUAUUGACAGAAAUGGCUAAAUUUGUAGGGUUUCGUCAACUUAGAUAAUUGAAUACUUAUUUCUCCCACACCCAUUCACAGAUCAAGUUAAAACUUUAAAACAAAUUUUUUUGUACCUAAAAAAAAACAUUACUGGUAAUCGAUUUUUUAUAUAUAUAUUUUGCUUAUUAUAUAUAUAUAUAUAUAUAUAUAUUUGUGUAUAUAUAUGUGUAUAUAUUUGUGUAUAUAUCGUAAUGAUAUGGUAAUAAUAAUAAUGCUUGUCGUCCUGUUCGAAGAUUAGUGAGGAAAGCAGUAUUUCCCGUGGCUGCGCAGCCCCAGCUGUAACCUACAUAUUUUGCCACAUCCAGUGCAAGCAUUACCAUUGUCCACAGGUGGUCGAUUCAAAUUUUCUUUUAGCCGACAGAAUCUGUCCCCCGGCACCCGGCAGCGGAUUUUAUAUAUAUAUAUAUUGCAAAAUGCACAAUUAUAUCCAGGUGUUUACAUGUUUUCAUUCAAAUGUUUAAUGCUUUCUUGAUAUUGAAAUCAUUUUGGAAUAUGUAACAACAUAAUGUUACUCCAUUGCAUAGAGAAUUUUUCAAUAUUUACAUUUACUAUUAUAUCAUGAGUUCCAAUAAACAUAGUUCAAAAGUCAAAAGGUAUAUUCAAUGUUUAAGUCUAUAGUUUUCUAGGUACUUUGUUUAAGUAUUGAUUUCAAAAUAUUUCAUACAUUUUUCAGCAAACACUUUAGCAGCAGAAUCGGCUCAAAGUUACUUAAAAAAUCCAAUUUGG